CGAUUUUUCGAAAAAUGAAAUUUCAAUUAAUUCACACGUGGUUUGCGGCGAGCUGUGUUUUAUUUCACCAGCCAAUUCCUAACCAUUAUUUCGUUGACCGAACUGUGUGAUCAUCGCUCAUUUCUCCCGCAUUUAAUCCAUGCGAUCUCUUCUUUGAGCCGUUGUUGACGCUCACCGUUAGAACGCGCCUAAACACAAUUAAAGGGGUUCCGCGCGCCGGGGAAUUUAAACGAGAUGAGGAGACGCUUGAUGACCUGUUCAUGUCAACGAAGAUAUUAGCUUAGUAUUCAGAUAUUGUAGUCAUUGCGCUCUAAAACAAAACAAAAAUGUACACGACUAAAACGGUUAAUAUUCCCAACAUUGCGCUGAAUGACGGCAUUAUUAGUAGGGCCUCAAAUAGAUCCAUCUAUUAUGGAUGACGAUGAUUCACUUAUGGCUUCCUCGAGACCCAGAGAUACAAAUUUAGUUAUACAUGGUGAUUCAAGGCCGGGUAUAGGUAGUAUAACUAGUAGACUUCCGCGCGUGCCGUAAGUUUGCUUGCACAUGAUAGUGAAUUAAUUAUCAUAAUUGAUCUCCCGUCUCACUAUAAGCUCUCAUCUCGCGUGUUUUUCUCUGUAGUUUUUUUUUUUGCUGGAGAAAUAACUUUUAUCUACGACGCGUUUUUAAUAAGUGCGUUUUAAACUAGAUCACUGGAAAAUUACCAAGUUAACCAAGUUUUGCGUAUGUGUAAAGCUAAAGUGUCAAAUAAUAACGGUUUGCUUUCAUUAGCUUAUGAUCUUCGGGAAGCACGUGACAAUAUUAUUUCCAUUCCAAUUUCAUAUUAUGUCGUUGAUUGUUUGAAUAAUUCGGACACGUCGUUUGCUCAUCUCUCAAUUGUUGAUCUCGUGUCACACUUCACAUCGCCACGCCUUUUCAGAUUCUUCUCAACAAGUCUUAUCGAGUGUGCUUCCGCAUUUGGGUAUGGGUACCCGACUAUAGGAAUGUGUCUGAAAUACUGUUACUCGUUAAUUACUCAGUCAUGGAAUAUGAUGACGGAAUAUUCAUCGAUUACGAUGAACGAUCGCGCCCAAGCUUGGUUGGAUUCGGAAAAAUGUGGUCCUGCUUGAGUGAAUACUUAUACAAACGAUAGAUGGUCCAACCCUUGGAUGACACUGUUUUUCAGCUGUAAGCUGAAUAGGUUUGCACAAACUCCUUUGAGGGUUAACGCUAAGCGGAUUAAGUAAAUAUCUAGCGGUACGCAAACAUUAUUAGAAUUUUUUGUGUCGUUCUCGCGUAGAUUCGAGCAAUCGGAUCUAGUCUCUCACGGGUCGAGCUAUUGUUAGGUUGAGUCCAGGUGAAAAUCAUGCUUGUCUACUUUCUCUACGUUCUAGCAGCUAUAGGCGCGUACGCGACUCUCAUUUUUCUCUACUUCACAUUACGGUCGCCAUUCCAAAUUUUGUGGAGCGUGGUUUUCGGUUGCGGCAAAACAUUAUCCCAGAAAUAUGGACCAUGGGCAGUGAUAACGGGUUCGACAGAUGGCAUCGGGAAGCAGUACGCGAUCAAUUUGGCUCGGCAGGGGAUGAACGUGUUCCUGCUGUCCCGAUCCGGUUCCAAGCUGGAAGCGGUGGCCCAGGAAAUCCGAUCCCAAUCGAAGGUGGAGGUUCGCUGGAAAGCGAUCGACUUUGCCGAUGGCUUCAAGGUGUACGAUACGAUCGAACGCAAAAUGACCGGUCUCGAUGUAGGAGUGUUGGUCAACAACGUGGGAGUCCUACCACGCAGUCCACUCUACUUCGAGCGCCUACGACCGGAAGAAAUCCAACAGACGCUAGCCGUUAACAUUAGCUCCGCCCUAAUGAUGACCCGAAUCAUCCUUCCAGCGAUGAAAGCUCGGCGUCGUGGAAUCGUAGUGAACGUGUCCUCGGCCAGCGGUCUGAUCCCGUGGCCCCUGAUCGGUCUCUACUCGGGGAGCAAGGGUUUCCUGAACAAUUUUACCAGUGCCCUGCAACAGGAAUUGCGAGGUACCGGUGUCCAGUGUCAGUUGGUGACCCCCAUGUAUGUGGCCACCAAUCUGAUCGACCACUUCCCGGUGACCAGUUUUCUGCGGCUGUUCCGAGCGACGGUUGUGAGAUACGGGCGACAGGCCACCUGGUUGAUUGGGAAGACGGAUGUGACCACCGGAUAUUGGUACCAUGCAGUGCAGGUAACCUUACUGAAAUUGAUACCUGUUGAAUUUUUGACUCGGAUGAGUUAUUAUCAGAAUAGGAGAGAUUUUUUAAAAAAUAGUUCAAAUGUAGAAUAAAUGUUUUAAGUAAU